AUGUUGAACAGGGUGAGUUCAGCUGUCGUUCAGCGAUAUAUGGCGCAUAUACUAGAAGCUGCCCUCUCGCGAAAUUCGGCCAUUCAGGUGGCUGCUGUUGACGUUCUCACGUUCACCAUCAAACAAGGAUUGGCACAUCCUCUGCAGUCCUUCCCAGUCAUCGUUGCUCUGGAAACUUCUCCUAAUCCUGUGUUGUCGGGACGAGCGACGGCAUUGCACGGUCUGCUCCAUCAAAAGCACUCGUCUCUUCUGAAUACCCGGCAUAUCCAAAGCGCACGCGCCUCGUUCGACUACCAGCGCACAAUUGAUCCAGCCCACGUGCACGGCUACCGAGACGGGACUGCUUUGCUCGGUAGAUGGUAUGCACUUGUGCGGGAGAAACGACAGACACGACAGGAGUUCCUGAAGCUCUUGGCCAAAGUGUUCCACCCUGCGCGUGCUGACGAAGCGACGCAAGACGAAGUGGACUUUGUGCGCUAUAUGGCCGAGAACUUUGCGUCGUUCGAGUAUAAAACGCAAGAAGAGGUCAUCACGGUCAUCAAAGAUCUGACGGCCAUAUUGUCUGUCGAGGGCAUGCGUGUGCUCGAGAUUAUUUCGCCGUCCCACCUCAUUUCCCAGCUUCGCGGAGACAUCGCGAUGGAGGUCGACCAUGGAGCCCCCCAGAGCAGAACGCCGUUGAUGCGCGCGUCGGUCAUCAUCGGCAUCGUGAUGCUCCUCAAAGCGCAUCUCAAAGCCAUGUACUCCUUGUCCGAAGAAAAAUGUUCCAAAUUCGUCAUGAACAAGAAGAGCGCCCGUUGGCGACAGGCCCGCGACCCCAAGCACAGGAACGCCAUUUCUUGGGACCGUCUACCAUUCGCAACGGCCCCGAUCCUGACCUCAGACGACUGUGAAGCACAGAAGGAGAAGUUCCUUGCUGUUUGGAAUGAAGAUGGGGUGACCGCCGAACCGCAAGAUGAAUUCCAAUGA